AAUGAUAAUCGGAUGAAUGAAUUUUCAAUGUGUUAGUGAGCCAUUUCCCAGGCUAGUAGAUACCUAAGCAAGCAAGGAGGUAUAAUCUUAUCAUCAAAAUUAUUGUUAUUAUAAUUUAAAAUCUGAAACAAAGAGAGAGUUGCGUUGAAUUGAAGGGAUGAAGGUUGGCAAUUUGAACAGAGGUUCUGCUUCUGUUUCUCUUCAAUGUGGCGGUUUCAGCUUAUACAACGAAAGGCGUAGUAGUAGAGGUUGUUCAAAUUCUGUAAUAGGUCCCAGCUUACUAGUUCGACUGAAGAAGAAUAAUUCUAAUUCCCGCUUUGUAACCCUUCGCGCUUCUUCACUGCUUCCAAUACCAUGUUUUGCUUCUCCACCUUCUCACCUUAAUCAACACUCUCUCCUCACCGAUUCUCAUCACGAUGACACCCAAAUCACUCCUGAAUUAUCCGUCAAUGAAAAUGAAAAUGAAAAUGAAAAUGAAAAUGAAGAAGGUUACUCAAAUUCAAUUUCAGACGUCAAACGUGAGAUUAUAUCGCUCUCUUUGCCUGCCCUUGCUGGACAAGCAAUUGACCCAAUCGCACAGUUGAUGGAAACUGCUUACAUUGGUCGACUUGGUACUUUGGAAUUGGCUUCUGCUGGUGUUUCUGUUUCCAUCUUUAAUAUCAUUUCAAAACUAUUCAAUAUUCCUCUUCUUAGUGUUGCUACUUCUUUUGUUGCUGAGGACAUGGCUAAUAUUUCUAAAAAUCCUGAUUCUGAUUCUGCUUCAGAUCAGGGUGAUAGUAAACAAAUUAGUGGCAAUGGUAAUCCUUUCAAAGCAGUUUAUCAACGAAAGCAACUCUCCUCUGUCUCCACUGCUUUGCUAUUAGCUCUAGGGCUCGGCAUUUUCGAGGCUUUAGCUUUGUAUUUGGGAUCUCAAACAUUUCUUCGUAUAAUUGGUGUAUCAGCAGGAAAUCCAACACUUGUUCCGGCACAAAAAUUUCUCUCUUUAAGAGCGUUUGGUGCUCCUGCAGUUGUGCUUUCUUUGGCUCUUCAAGGAAUUUUUCGCGGCUUUAAGGAUACCAAAACUCCUGUUAUAUGUUUAGGCAUUGGCAACCUUUCAGCUGUCGUUUUAUUUCCCUUACUUAUUUAUUACUUUAAGUUGGGUGUAGCCGGUGCAGCCAUUUCCACUGUUCUCUCUCAAUAUAUUGGGACUGUGUUGAUGAUCUGGUGUCUAAAUAAGAGAGCUGUGUUACUACCUCCAAAAAUGGGAAACCUGCAAUUUGGCAGUUAUAUCAAGUCUGGUGGUUUCCUUCUUGGAAGAACACUUGCUGUUCUUACAACCAUGACAUUGGGGACAUCAAUGGCUGCUCGCCAUGGUCCAGUAGCUAUGGCUGCACAUCAGAUAUGGAUGCAAGUGUGGUUGGCCGUUUCCCUUCUAUCUGAUGCAUUGGCUGCAUCUGGUCAGGCCCUAAUUGCAAGUUCUAUAUCCAGACAUGACUAUAAAGCUGUGAAGGAAAUUACUCAUUUUGUAUUAAGGAUUGGACUGCUGACAGGUAUAUGCUUGACUGCAAUUCUGGGUGCAUCUUUUGGAUCUUUAGCUACCCUUUUUACCCAGGACUUCGAAGUUUUGCAGGUUGUCCGAACUGGAGCGCUGGUAUGUAUGGUAUUGCUUUUUUUUUUUAUGUGUGCAUUUGUUUUGAUUUCUCUGUCUCCUCAGAUAGUGGUUUACAUUGUUAGAUGUAAUUGUUGCCAGUUUGUUAGUGCUUCACAACCUUUUAAUGCACUGGCUUAUAUUUUUGAUGGUCUCCAUUAUGGUGUUUCUGAUUUCCCAUAUGCUGCUUUCUCCAUGAUGUUUGUGGGAGCUGUCUCCUCAACAUUUUUGGUAUUUGCCCCUUCACAUUUUGGCCUUCAAGGUGUUUGGCUGGGCUUGAGUCUCUUCAUGGCACUUCGUGUAGUAGCUGGUUCUGUCAGAUUACUAUCGAAGAAUGGUCCUUGGUGGUUUCUACAUAAGGAUUUCCAUAUUGCAAAGAUGGUCUCUUAAUUGUUAAGGCGGAGAAUAUGGAUGAAACCGUUUCAGGAUAAGGAUCUGCAUCGGAUACACUAUUUAGAUGUUAACUUAGAAUUUGGGUUUUUGGUACGCUUAUUUAGGAAAUGGUUUUUAGAAGCACAUCGUAAGCCGUUGUAAUGAGAUCAAUCAAUUGUUAAGUUCUCAAUUAGUUGUUAUAUUUUACAAUUAUGCUAAGUAGUACUUUUUUACCUUCAAUGUUACCCAAUGUAAAGAAAUUGUUCAUUUCUUAAAGUUCAAUGUACAUCAAAUGCCGGUAUAAUAA